GCGCCGCCGCCCACCGACGUGCCCGACCGUUCGGCCGGCGCCGCCGUCGCGACAUUACAGUUCCGACCGGAUCACGUACCGUACCAUCCGUGCUGGCAGAGCGCGUCCACGACGCAUACCUGUCGCCUGUCGGACUACCAUAAUAUAAAUAGACGGAAAAAAUAUCAUCAUUUCCUAAUUUGAAAUCAAAUCGUAAUUUUUAACAACUUUAUUCGGUAUUCAGACACCGCUGUACACACGCCGUAACACGCAUUGCACACGUACUGAUAGUAGGCACGGUAAUAAUAUACGGACCGACGAUCAUAACAAUAACAAUAAUUGUUUAUCGGGAACUGAUUUCACAAUAUUUGCGCAUAGUUUUUCGGUGAAAUAGUCGCGCGCGGACGGGCGCAUUUUUCCGGCGACCCACAGGCCCGUGUCGUUUUUGCCGCCGGAGUCUACUGCUGCAGCCGCGGGCCACAUCAACCCGUACGCCGUCGUCGUCCCGUGCGAUGGAGAUCACAGUGUCCGCGCCGAUCGACUUUAGCGUGUCGGUCAAGAGGACGCCACCGACGGCCGUCGUCAGGACGCCUUCGUCCGGGGCCGCCGCAGCCGCCGCGGCAGCGGCUGCUGCUGCCGCUGCAACGAGUUGUGGCGGUGGCGCCUCGUCCACCGCCGCCGCCGCACAGCAAUCCAACGACAGCCGCCGUUCACCCGCCGCUUCACCCGCACCGCCAUCGGGUCUGCUCAAGUUCGUUCAGCACGACCACCAACACCAUCAUCACCAUCACCACCACGCCACCGGUGCCGCCGUCAUAAACGCCUCGGCCGUGAACGGACACCAUCACAGCAGCGCCGGCGGACACAGCGCGUUCCGCUUGGUCACCCCGAAAGCCAAGCACAACGAUUGCAUAAAGUUCGGUAUCAGCCGCCUGGUGGAAAAGUUCAACGACAGCCGUUCGGCUUACGACACAUCGUACGCAGCGAACAACAACAACAACAUCACCAAGAGCCUCAAUGUACCAGAUAUCGAUAACCGUCGCGGUGGCGGUGACGAAGACGAUGACGAGCGAGAAGUGAAGAGGGAGUCAGCCCGGAAGAUAUGGUCACCGGUGAGGAGUUCACCAUCGCCAUCUUCGUCGUCCGAACUAGACGUGGAGAGCCGGUUGGCGUCGCCGGACAUCGACGUGACCAAAUGCGGUACCACCCCGCCACCACCAGCGCAACCACCACAGCCCAUCGUAUCUAUGGUACAGGUGACUGCCCGCAAGCCGCCGGUAACCGCCAAGAACUCGGAGGCGUUUAGCGUCAGUGCGCUGCUUAAGCCAGACGCGCCCCGCACCAUUAGACAUCCGUUCAACCACCAUCACCACCCCCAUAACCAGCAGCAGCAACACCAUCAACAGCACCACCAACAGCACCACCACCAGCAGCAGCAGCCGCCGGCCAUGACAGCCGUCGAUACCAUAUCUGUCACAAGAUCGUUGCUGUACCCUACCGUCCAGUUCCCAGACCUGAUCAAGGACACCAGGAAAGAAGUGCACCUGCACCCAUCCGCAGCCAACACUCUGCUUCAGAAACACUUUUCCGGUUUCAGCUUUCACCCGCACUUCUAUUCGGCCGCCAACAUGCUGAACCCAUCCAGUGGUUCGCCUGAGCACGGUGGAAACGGCAGUGGAAGUGGCGGAAAUGGUGACCCACAUACCGACAACAAUCAAAACCUACUCACCAGCUCGCUGUAUCUGAGUCUAGGCGCCGUCCAGGCGGCCGCUGCUGCUGCUUUUAGCCAUCCUCUGUCCACAACAGGCAUGAGUUCACCGGCGGCCAAUCCGUUCCAUUCGUCGGGCCAACAGCAGACUUCCGGCGGUGUGGUGGUGCCGCACCCGUCGGCCGAGGACAUGAUGAAGCUGCGUCAGCAGUUCGCGCCCGGCGCCAAUCAGCCACUGGCCGCAGCGCCACCGUCGGACCCCGGCGGCCACAUGCGACACCACCACAUGUUGAUGAGGGGCUCCGUCUUCGGCGACGUGUACUCGUGCAUCAAGUGCGACAAAAUGUUCCCGACAUCGCACGGCCUGGAGGUGCACUCCCGCAGGUCGCACAACGGCAAGAGGCCGUUCUCGUGCGAGCUGUGCAACAAAUCGUUUGGCGCCGAGAUAAGCCUGAACCAACACCGGUGGCUCUGUUGUCGACGAUCGGCGCACAACGUAGAAAAGCUGUUUGAAUGCAAACAGUGUGGCAAAACGUUCAAAAGGUCGUCAACUCUUUCUACGCACUUGCUAAUCCACUCAGACACCCGACCAUAUCCAUGUCAGUUUUGCGGCAAACGGUUUCAUCAGAAAUCUGACAUGAAGAAACACACGUACAUACACACAGGUGAAAAACCGCACAAAUGUCAGGUGUGCGGCAAAGCGUUCAGCCAGUCGUCGAAUCUAAUUACGCACAGCCGGAAGCACACUGGGUACAAACCGUUUGCGUGCGACUUGUGCGGCCGUGCUUUUCAGCGCAAAGUCGACCUCCGCAGGCACAAGGAAACGCAACACACUGAUUUCCGGUCCGGAAGUCUCACGUAAGCCCGACCACCCAGUCCACCCAACGAAAAAAAAAAUUAAAAUGAAAAAAAAAAAUGAAAAAAAUGUCUAUAAUGAUUGCCGCGCAUAUAACACUAUAUUAUAACUCGCACCUGUACCCACUUUUACAUUAAAUUGUUAUAAAUAUAAAUAUAUAUGAAUAUAAACUUAUAUAAUAUAUAUAUAUAUAAAUUUAUUAAUAUAUACUUAUAUAUUAUAUCGUAUAAUAUUAUGUUUAAUAUACUAUAUAAGUGUCUUAUCGUUUCUUCUGUUUCUUUUUUUUUUUAAACUUCAAUGUUUACGAUGUUUUUCCACCUUCAAUGAUCAAUGGUAAAUCAUCAUAACUAUUAUUAUUAUUAUUAUUAUUAUUAUUAUUAUUAUUAUUGUCGUUAUAUUGGAUCGAUUGAAUAUAAAUCGCAGUCGCUGUGUGUUCAUAAUGUAUCAUAAUGUUUAAAAAUAUUGUAAGUACACGCGACGUCAUGCAUGACAUGUAUUUCUUAAAUUAAAUUUUAUAUAAUUCAUAUAAUAAUACUUAAUAUUCUGUAUUUGUAAUAUAUUAUAUGUGCAUGGAUCUUAUACCAAUUAUAAGGUCAAUGAGUAUAAUUAUAGUUAUAUAAUAUAUCAUUAUGGACGCGCUUUUAAUAAUUAUUAUUAUAUAUAUAUCAUAAUAUUAUAAUAGCUGGUGUUCUUGUUUUCAUACAAAUGUUUCUUUAUUAUUUAUUUACGUAUUUAUUAUCAUUAUUAUUAUUAUUAUUAUUAUUUUUUUUACCCUAAAUAGUUACCUGUAUUGUCUAGCUUUUCUUAUAAUAAUAAUUUUUAAUGUAUUUAUAAUAUGUAUUUCGUUUGAUGUUUACGUAA